GAAUGACAGCGGAAUCAAUAUUGUUCAGGUGGCUGCCGCUCCUCCUCGCGCUGACAGAAGCCCUCGGAGAUGGGUCGUCCCCGAAGGCCCUCGGGAGGCUUGUGUCGUCUCCCCUCAAAACCCAGCGGUUCAUUAGCGUCUCCGAGUCACACUACGACCACGACCACCACACGCACCACCACCACGAGGUCGUUCCGGAGCCGCACUUCGCCCCUUCGAACACCAGCUGUGAAGUGUAUCUCGGCCAGACCGCGGAGCUGGACUGCACAGUGCACGAUCUCACCAAUGAAUCAAACCUCCACCGGGAUGGACCACAAAUAUUCAAGCGUCUGAAGUCUGAAGCAGGAAUGUUCAGGCUGGAGGGAUGA